AUGGCCGAGCCAUUCUUGUCAGAAUAUCAACACCAGCCUCAAACUAGCAACUGUACAGGUGCUGCUGCUGUCCAGGAAGAGCUGAACCCUGAGCGCCCCCCAGGCGCGGAGGAGCGGGUGCCCGAGGAGGACAGUAGGUGGCAAUCGAGAGCGUUCCCCCAGUUGGGUGGCCGUCUGGGGCCGGAGGGGGAAGGGAGCCUGGAGUCCCAGCCGCCUCCCUUGCAGACCCAGGCCUGUCCAGAAUCUAGCUGCCCGAGAGAGGGAGAGAAGGGCCAGAAUGGGGACGAUUUGUCUGCUGGCAGCGAUUUCCCGCCGCCGGCAGAAGAGGAACCGAUGCCCGAGGCCGAGCUGCUCGCUCAGUCUUGUAAUGACUCCGAGGCCAACAAGUUGGGGGCUCCUGCCGCAGGGGGCGAAGAGGAGUUGGGACAGCAGCAGAGACAGCUAGGCAAGAAAAAACAUAGGAGACGCCCGUCCAAAAAGAAGCGGCAUUGGAAACCGUACUACAAGCUGACCUGGGAGGAGAAGAAAAAGUUCGACGAAAAACAGAGCCUGCGAGCUUCGAGGAUCCGAGCCGAGAUGUUCGCAAAGGGCCAGCCCGUCGCGCCCUAUAACACCACGCAGUUUCUCAUGGAUGAUCACGACCAGGAGGAGCCGGAUCUCAAAACCGGUCUGUACUCCAAGCGGGCCGCCGCCAAAUCCGACGACACCAGCGAUGACGACUUCAUGGAAGAAGGGGGUGAGGAGGAUGGGGGCAGCGACGGGAUGGGAGGGGACGGCAGCGAGUUGCAGCGGGACUUCUCCGAGACUUAUGAGCGGUACCACACGGAGAGCCUGCAGAACAUGAGCAAGCAGGAGCUCGUCAAGGAGUACCUGGAGCUGGAGAAGUGCCUCUCGCGCAUGGAGGACGAGAACAACCGGCUGCGGCUGGAGAGCAAGCGGCUGGGCAGCGACGACGCGCGUGUGCGGGAGCUGGAGCUGGAGCUGGACCGGCUGCGCGCUGAGAACCUCCAGCUGCUGACCGAGAAUGAACUGCACCGGCAGCAGGAGCGAGGGCCGCUUUCCAAGUUUGGAGACUAGACGGAAACUUUUUGGGGGAGGGGGGCAAAAGGGACUUUUUACAGUGAUGGAAUGUAACAUUAUAUACAUGUGUAUAUAAGACAGUGGACCUUUUUAUGACACAUAAUCAGAAAAGAAAUCCCCCUCGCUUUGGUUGGUUUCGUAAAUUUAGCUAUGAUGUAGCUUGCGUGCUUUCUCCUGUUCUUUAUGUGAAACUGAAGAGUUGCUUUUCUUGUUUUUCUUUUUAGAAGUUUUUUUCUUAAUGUGAAAGUAAUUUGACCAAGUUAUAAUGCGUUUUUGUUUUUUAAAAAAUCCCCUCCUUAAACGGAGCUAUAAGGUGGCCAAAUCUGAGAACAAUUAAAUUCAUUUUAGUUAUAAUAAAUUUAAUAUUUGUAAAUGUAACAGUUUCAGUGUGAUUUCUAGAGCUAAUUCAAAAUAGUAUUGACUUAUUUUAUGUGACUGCAUUUUUGGGGAGGGGUACUGAAAUCGUUAAAUUUGUCAGUUUGCAAAAAUAACAAUCUUUAAUGGGAGAAUUUCAAUUUGCCAAUUUUUUCCUUGAAUGAGUUUAAGUAUGUUACAAUAUACACUUCAGGCAAAAUAUAAAGAUUUAAUUAUCUUCAAUACUUAAGUUUGCUUGCUUUCUAGUGCCUUGGUUUUCUUUCUUGAUGCUGGAAAAAUAAACAAACCCGUGUUGAGUGUUUAGGUGAGUAGAAAGUGGCUACAAUCUGAAAUUUUAAAGUUAACUCCCUCGCCCAUUCAAAAGCCUAAAAACAAAAAAUGUAAAUCUAAUUUGGCAGUUUGUUAGGUUAGACAACUGACAGCCCCAUUUCAUUCCUAACAAUUUGCUUUUCUGUCAUGUCUUCCCACCCCCAUCCCCCAUAAGGCUGGAAGAGGCUCUUGGCAAACUUAGUGCAAGUAAUGGUUAAUUUGCCGGGCAGCUGGCUGACAUGUUCAGAGGUAGGAAAUACUGGAUUUAUGAAGGAAAUGGCUGUUUAGGGGAUACCAAGGACUUACCCUAAUUGUCCAAUACUUAAGUGCUCUCUAUCCAAAAAAAAAAAAAACGAAUAAGAGCUAUCCACCUUUCCAUGUGGGUCAAACUAAAAUUAGAAAUGUCCCCUCACUGCAGAUCAAAUGUAAAGCUUCCAGUUAAGGAGCUAAAUGAGGUCCUCAGCUGAAUGAGGAACCCUGUGCAUUCCCUUGCACAGCCCUAUUCUAAAUUGCAUAAACUAUGCGGAUAGCUGCUUAGGUUCUUGAGUAGUUCUGCUCUUAAAUGCAGGGAGGCCCUAAUUAAUUUUUGCCCCAAAAUCAAAAUAGAACUUACAAGAUUAUUCCUUCCUGUCACUUUGGUUAACCCAGCCCUUCACCUGCCCUGUGUCAGUGUUGCCCGAGGGCAAUUGCAUUGCUCAAAUCACUAGCAUAGGGGUUCCUUAACUUGGGGUCUUAGAAACCAUUGUGGGCCUUGGGGUCCAUGAACCCCAUGAAAUUAUUUGUAGACUUGUGUUAUAUGUACAUUUUUCUAGGGAGAAGGUUCAAGAGAUUCAUAGGAUUGUCAUACUCCCUGAAGCAUAAGAACCCCUGCAGGGAAGGGGGAAGAAAACCCUCCCAUUAGGAAGCAUACUUUUGCAGUUAAAUGGCGAUGGUGGAGGUGACGGACUUCAAGAGUAAAAUGCACCUUGUGAUGCAUAAGAAGCAUACACAAAUCAAUAAAUCAAGGGAGAUUAAACCAGUAGGACUGAAUCAGGGCCCUCAAAGCUGGACUGAGUUGGUCCUGUUCUGGCACAUAUGGUCCACUGGAGACAAUGUAUGAUCAUGUUUUUCUUUGGUCUGAAAAUUGUAUUAAACGUUUAUUUUGAAAGUU